AUGACUGUUAGAGAGUAUGGAGAAGAUGAGAAUGUGGUCGAGGAAAAUGGCCCUCCUUUGCUCGAGCCUGAGAUGAAUUCUAGGCCCAGACGUAUUGCUCUCUUUGUUGAGCCUUCUCCCUUUGCGUAUGUCUCUGGAUACAAAAACAGGUUCCAAAAUUUCAUUCGAUAUCUGCGUGAAAUGGGGGAUGAGGUUAUGGUUGUGACGACACACGAAGGAGUGCCACAGGAAUUUUACGGAGCUCAACUAAUUGGCUCGAGAAGCUUCCCUUGCCCGUGGUACCAAAAGGUACCGCUUUCCCUCGCACUGAGUCCACGAAUAAUAUCAGCAGUUGCUCGAUUCAAGCCCGAUAUAAUACACGCAUCAUCACCGGGAAUAAUGGUAUUUGGUGCUCUCAUCAUUGCCAAAUUGCUAAGUGUGCCUAUAGUGAUGUCGUAUCACACUCAUGUCCCUGUAUAUAUACCAAGAUAUACAUUUAGCUGGCUAGUCAAACCAAUGUGGUUAGUCAUAAAAUUUCUACAUAGAGCUGCCGAUCUCACACUGGUGCCAUCUGCUGCUAUUGCCAAGGAUUUAGAAGCCGCUCGGGUCACAGCUGCUAAUAGGAUACGACUCUGGAACAAAGGUGUCGAUUCCGAAAGUUUCCAUCCGCGUUUUCGCUCGCGUGAGAUGAGACUAAGAUUAAGUAAUGGAGAACCCGACAGGCCACUGAUCAUUCACGUAGGACGGCUCGGAGUCGAGAAGAGUUUGGAUUUUCUUAAACGGGUCAUGGACGAACUUCCGGAGGCUCGUAUAGCUUUCAUCGGCGAUGGCCCGUACAGGGAUGAGCUGGAACAAAUGUUCUCGAACAUGCCAGCUGUAUUCACGGGCACGCUCCAUGGAGACGAGCUGUCUCAGGCGUACGCCAGCGGGGACAUUUUUGUCAUGCCUUCGGAAUCUGAGACGCUCGGCCUAGUCGUCCUCGAGGCCAUGUCAUCCGGGCUCCCGGUGGUCGCAGCCAGGGCUGGGGGCAUAACAGACAUUUUACCAGACGAGCAGCAAGGGAAAACGGGAUAUCUGUACAGCCCGGGUGACCUUAACGACUGCCUGAGCAAGCUCAGGCCACUUAUGAACGAUCGUGAGCUUAGGGAGUUUAUAGGUCGCGCGGCCCGUUUGGAGAUGGAGAAGUCAAUGCAAUUUUUUCUUGAAUAG